AUGGCCUCUCCGCUUUUGGAACUCCCAGGAGAGAUCCGCAACCGCAUAUACAAGUUCGUGGCGGCGGGCCACGGCCGGCCGGUCGAGGUAAAGCAUCUAAAGAGUGAGGAUAAGGAUGCGAAGGUAUGUGGGUAUGGGACCUAUGCCGGUCUUACGCGCGUCUGUCGCCAAAUUCGCAAAGAAUUCUUGCCCAGUGAGUUCCCGAGCUGGAGGUCGAGGUUGUGUCGCACAUCCACUAACAGUGCUCCAGUCCAGCAGCAAAACGCCCGCGUCACGGUCAACCUUCCUGAGCUCGACAUCUUCAUCGCCACUUUCUUCGACACCAGGCAAGAUUUACCCCCCAGGACCUGCCCAACGACCCAGUAUGACUCGUAUGUUCGUCCCCAUUCCUCCACCGCCACCAGAUUUCAUUACCUCCAUCUUGACUCCACACCCGCAAGUGCGUCACCAAGCAGCAACAGCGACAACACGACCAAAGCCAUCACCGUCCGAAUCUACAUUUUGAAUGACACCGAAAUCCCCGCCCUCGACUUCCAGCCGCUCGUACGUGCCAAAGCACAGUUCUUCAACCAAGUGACAUUCCAUGCCUGGAUCCAGAACUCCUCUCCUGCCACAAGCUUCGAGACUGUAGACCUUGAAGAGCUACUGGAUUGGUUCGCACGCACUUAUCCGUUCGAGCUGCAAGCGGACUUUCUUAGAUGUGGGUUGGGGAGAAUCCUGAACAUGGAGGAGGGAUUGUUCCCACGCUCUGCCGCUCCCGCGCAGAUCCGCAACCGCAUCUACAAGUUUGUACUUGCGGAUGACGACGAGUCGGUCGACAUCCAUCAUGGAGAUUGGGACACCACCUGCCUAAAGGACGAGACUGGCGGUGACCUUGAGGUGUCACCAGGCGACGACGAAAAGCCUCUCCACAACAUUCCCAGAGCUGGUACCUACGCUGGCCUCACGCGCGUCUGUCGCCAGAUUCGCAAGGAGUUCUUGCCAAUGCAACAGCGGAACGCCCGUGUGCGUCUAUUGAAUGUCGGACUCAAGCACUUCUUAGACACCUUCGCCAACUACGAGAACCCCAUGAAGGAAAUCAUCAUUGUGAUGAACGUGCGAUAUCACGAGAUUAUCUACAACGAUCGGGUCUUGAUGUCCGUCGUAGAGGCAUGGCGCUACCCUGCUCGCCGGAUGGUGUGCCAUACCGUUGUCCGGCACUACAUUGGUAAGACGCACUACCAGGAAGAGGUUUUGAUUCAUGAGUUUUACCCUGGUGAACCAAUUUCCCAGUUUUGCAAGUGGUCGGAGCCUGUCUUGGCGACGUGA